CGACGGCGAACUCCCACUAGAAGGAGUUGUCCCCAAGCUCGUGUUAGGGCUAGUUUGUUCGCUCCAGCACAGACGGUGGCGCUGUCAGGGUCUUCGGUGAGACUGAACAAACCGCAGAACGACAGAAACAGCAGCUUACAGUUUCAGCCCUCGACCGAUGUUGAUCAUGAAAGCUCAGGUGGAUGUGGUCUGCUGUAAAUCAGUAGGAACUGAUCUGUCCAUGCUGGAUAUUGAGGAUUAUAUCACAGAAAUCUGUCAGCUGAAGAAAGAGGUGGCGUCACUGGAGGAGAAGCUGAGAGAAAGAGGGGAGGAUUCAGUCUGGAGCGUCAGAGAUCAGCCCACAGAGCAACUCUCUGAUCAGAGAUCUAGAAACACACAGGACUCUGAGCUCAGCCUUAGUUUGCUCUGUUACACUGACGCUCAGGAGAGCGUGUGUGACAGUCAUAGGUCCGCCGACCAAAACUCAGAGUCUCUGGGGUCUGACUGCAACGCUGGAGAACAGCAGAUGCUGCAGACACCGAUGAAGAUGUGCUCCGUCGAACUGGUGGACUGUAGUACUUCAAAGGAGACGAGAGAAAAAACUAUAGCGGACAAAGUACAAAGUGACGAUGAUGAUGAUGAAGAUGACAAUUGCGGCAGUGGUGGUGGUGGUGAUGAUGAUGAUGAUGACUUUAAUCCCUCGGGUGAAAACACCAGUCCAUCUUCUGAUGAAGAAAUGGCCUCAACAUCCAAAAAGCAGCCGGCAGUUAAGAAUUUUUCUUGUGCCACCUGUGGGAGAACCUUCAGAAAACAGGGAAAUUUAGCGAAACAUGAGAGAAAACACUCCGAACCUAAAAAAUACACUUGCAAGAUAUGCAGCAUCAGCUUUCCUACCUUGAAAGAAAGAAGCCUUCAUUCAAAAGAGCACCGCGUGAAGAAGGAGUUUCGCUGCGAGCAGUGCGGGAAGGUGUCCUUCUCUUCCGGUAAUUUGAAGAUUCACAUGAAGACGCACACUGGCGAGAAGCCUUUCCACUGCAGCGAGUGCGACAAGUAUUUCAGCACCAAACAGUCUCUUCUUGUUCAUAAUCGAAUCCACACGGGGGAAAAGCCGUACAAGUGCCCUCACUGCGAGAGAAGGUUCCGAGACGGGUCUCAAUUCAAGACCCACAUGCGUUCGCACGCCAGCGAGAGGCCUUACCAGUGCAGCGAAUGUGGGAAAACCUUUAAGCAGCCCAUUUGUCUCAUAUCGCACCAAAAAAUACACUCUGAGAAACUGCACCAGUGCACGCACUGCGACAAACGAUUCCGGCAGAUUUUUCAGCUGAAACGACACGAGAGAAUGCACUCCGGAGAAAGGCCGUACCUGUGCUUUCACUGCGGGAAGAGCUUUUCCGAUCCUGCUCAUUUCAGAGUGCAUCAGAGGAUUCACACCGGAGAAAAACCGUACCAGUGUAGCGUUUGCGAGAAGAGUUUCCGUCAACACACCAACCUACUGAAGCACCAGAGGAUACACACUGGAGAAAGACCCUUCAAGUGUUCUCACUGCGACAAGACGUUUGCUCGAUCCGAUGUCCUGAAGAUCCAUGAGCGAGUUCAUACAGGAGAGAAACCUUACCGCUGCUCCAUCUGUGGUGAGAGAUUCGCUUAUCUAGGGGGUUUUCAGACCCACCAAAACAAACACGCUAAAGAACAAACUACUCCAGAGUCAUCAUAGUGGCUUUCAUCGGUCCCAGCUCAUCCUGGAACUUUUCCACUUUUUAAUGCCAGUAGGAGGCUUUUAUGACAUGAACUGGGAGUAGAAAUGGACUAAAUGUUAAAUGCUGUGAUUGUGAUGGUGUUUGACAAAGCAGGGCAAUGAUGCUGUAACUAACACUAUUUCAAAAGUAGUUGUAUAUUUUCACCUUUUUUUUCUCCUCCCAAGCAACUUUUAAGUCUUUUAAAUGUUUUUAUGACAUUAUAGCAGAUGUUUGACAGGGAGAACGUACAAUAAUCGAGCAACUGCUAUUGGGAUGUACGGGACUAUUAAUGGAUAGCUUUCUGCAAGUGUGUUAGACCUCCAUGAUAUGCACUAAGAAAUAAAUUAUGGAGAUGAAAAUGGAAAUCACUGGUAAGUGUAAUAAUGUGUUAACUUGGAAUUUUUGACCAUACUUUGUUUUGAAAAUGGCAUAAUCAGGCCCUGGAACCAAGGUAAUAAUGUUUUAUUAUUAUUUUAAUACCUGAACCAAGCAGAUAUGGGUCUGUUAAUUAUAAUAACAUAAUUAAGGGAUUAUAAUAACGUAACCAGGGAUCCUCAAAUCUGGCUCACAACAUCCACUUUCCAGCAAAGUUGAGCUCUAAAGCAAAUCAAACACACCUGAGCAUGCUAACCACUGUCUUCAGGAUCACUAGAAAAAUGCAGGUAGGUGAGUUUGAUCAGGGUUGGAGCUAAACUCAGAUUUUAGGAUCCCAGUUGCACACACACCUGAGGAACGUUGGAUUUAUAGCAAUGUGCUUUUAAUUUUUUGAAAUGCUAAUUUAAUUAGCAAUUGUAUGGAAAAAAAACAAAUACAAAAUAAAAGGGAUGUACUUUUUUAUUUCAUAA